GUCUCGUCAACAUCCGUAACGAAAGGUCUCAACCCAGGUGUUGCCAUCCUCGCGGUCUUUAUUGGCCAUGUUCUGGUCUGCAUCCCAGCAAUCCUGGACGGAUACGUUGGCUGCGUUCUGGGGAUCAACUUCCCCGUUUUCACGCGGCCGUCGUUCGGUAUGCGAGGAUCGUAUGCCGCUGUGUUCGUUCGUGGUGUCGUUGCUUGCAUCUGGUUUGGCACACAGUCGUUCCAAGGCGAUCAAUAUCUGCAAGUUAUGAUCUCCGCUAUCUGGCCGUCGUUUGAUGACUUUCCCAAUCAUUCGGCGGCAUCUGCCCACGUUACAAGGUCGGAGCUCCUGUGCUUCUUCCUGUUCGUUAUUGUUCAGUUGCCGCUGCUUUGGUUGCAUGUGAGCAGUUUGAGGUGUAUGUUCAUGGCGAAGACGGUCAUCAUGCCGAUCUUUGGCUUGACUCUUUUCAUUUGGGCAAUCGUUGCAGCGAAAGGUUUCGGACCAACAUUUUCCAAACCUACCAAGAUCAAAGACGGGAGUCCUGUCAUCGUGGCAUUCUUCCAGUGCGUCACGAGCGCUAUUGGACCCAAAGCUACUCUCGCAUUGAAUAUGCCAGACUUCACCCGAUACGCCAAGGAUUCAACGCAGGUCUUCUGGACACAAACGGUCGGCCUCUGCGUGCUGGUGACGAUGUGCGGAGUACUGGGAGUGACGGUGAGCAGUGCAUUCGAGGUCAUCUAUGGAAAGGUGACGUGGAAUCCCUUGGAGGUCGCCAGGUUGUGGGAGAAUCGGCCGGCCCAAUUCUUCGCGGGUCUCUGCUGGGCGUUCGCGGUUAUCGGCACGAACAUUAGUGCGAACAGUGUCUCUUUCAGCAAUGACCUCUCGCUCUGGUUUCCUCGAUACAUCAACAAUAGGCGCGGUGCCUACAUUUGUGCGAUGUUGGGAGUGUUGGCCAUGCCGUGGUAUAUUCAGUACAGGUGA